AGUCCCAGCAUUGUCACCCUGAGGACACGCUGUGUGACACCCCCUGAACAUCCCCAGCAGCGUCUGUCACCCUGUGUCACCCUGUGCCACCUUGUGUGAUAUCCCCUGCACACCCUGUGUCACCCGGUGUGAUCGUCACCCUUGCAGUCCCACCCCGUCUGUCCCCCCCCAGGAAUGCUGCGCUGGACCCUGCACAAAAGAAUGGACCAGAACCCCAGAACCAGCUGUGUCCUGGUCAGCAUCCUGGUGAAGGAGCUGGAGAGGGCAGAGCGAGGGGACCUGCGGCACUACAUCAUCCCCCUGCUGCACACGCUGAUGUACACCUUGAUCCAGGCUCCCUGCAUCCCUGACGAGCUCUGUGCCAGGGUUUAUGACUUCUGCAAGAGGCUGCUGACCCUGCCCAAGCCCUUCUGCACCAUCGGGCUGGACUAUGCCAGCAGGCUGCAGCUGGAGAGGGCAGCUCCAGGUAAGGGUGGCUGGCAGGGCUGAUCAGCUCUAAAGCAG